AUGGCUGUUGAAUCCGAAAAACGAAAUGAAUCCCGGUCUUCUGACCCCGAGAAAAUUCUUGAUUCUAAGGAUCCGCUUGCUGCAGCUGGGUUUGAGGAUCCCGAUGCGGGAUUGAGUGACGAGGAAAGGGCGGCAAUCGACCGUAAGCUACUAUGGCAACUCGAUAUCCGUCUCGUGCCAUGGCUCAGUCUACUAUAUCUCGUUUCGUUCCUUGAUCGGACAAAUAUCGGCAACGCGAAACUUGUCGGCCUUCAAAAAGACCUAAACAUGACAAAUGCCCAAUACAACGCAGCAUUGACUAUAUUUUUCGUCUCGUACUCCGUCUUCGAGCCGGCGACUAACGUCCUGCUCAAGCGAUUACGGCCGAGUAUAUUUAUCCCACUUAUUAUGAUGGCAUGGGGAAUCUGCAUGACCUGCAUGGGCUUGGUAAAAAACUACAACGGACUAAUGGCCGUCCGCUGGUUCCUAGGCCUAUCCGAAGCCGGUCUCUUCCCAGGAGUAGGCUAUUUCCUUUCAUGUUGGUAUAAGCGCUCCGAAUUUGGCGUACGAAUGGCAAUUUUCUUCUCCGCAGCCGCACUCGCGGGUUCCUUUGGCGGUCUGCUCGCAGCCGCGAUUGCGAAGAUGGACGGCGUGGCCGGCAAGCCGGGCUGGUCGUGGAUUUUCAUCUUGGAAGGCCUUCUUACGUUCAUCAUUGGCAUUGCUUCGUUUUGGUGUGUCUAUGACUUCCCUGAUCAGGCGCGGUUCUUGUCGGAUAUCGAUCGCAAGCGUGUGCUUAGAAGACUCGCUAUGGAUCAGCAAUCCAGUGCUGAGCAUGAGGAGUUCAAGAUGGAGUACUUUUGGUCUAGUCUGAAGGAUUGGAAGACUUAUACUGGGGCUGUGAUUUAUAUGGGGGCUGAUGGGUCGCUUUACGCAUUUUCGCUUUUCGUGCCGACUAUUAUCAGCUACAGCUCGAUUCGUGCACAGUUGCUGAGUGUACCGCCAUAUGCCGCUGCCGCCGUAUUGACAGUGACGGUUGGAUUCAUUGCAGACCGUACCAGACAGCGUGGUCUCUGCAAUAUCGCCGUCUCGUUCCUGGGUAUGAUAGGAUUCGCUAUGCUACUAGGCUGUGAGUCUGCCGGCGCUCGCUACGCAGGAACCUUCCUCGGGGCUAUGGGCAUCUACCCAGCCAUUGCGAACACGAUUUCAUGGACUAGUAACAACACCGAAGGUGUAUACAAACGAGGUGUCUCCCUAGGGUUUAUCAUCGGCUGGGGAAAUCUUAACGGCAUCGUCUCAUCCAACAUCUACCGCGAUCAUGACAAGCCAAAAUACUACCCCGGUCACGGAGUAGUACUCGGCUACCUGGUACUGUUCCUCUUUGGUGGAUCCGUGGUGCAGUAUCUCCUGCUGCGGCGUGAGAACGGCAAGCGCAGACGCGGCGAACGCGACCACUGGAUCGAGGGCCUGGACCAGAACCAGAUCGAGUUGUUGGGUGAUAAAAGACCGGAUUUCAUUUACACGCUGUGA